UUUGCUCCCUGCUUGCCCGAGGGAGCUGAGGGGAGCUGCAGUGCAGAAGGAAUCUCACGGCCAGGUGUGCCCCAGCGCUGAUGCCUCUCUUUGUGUUGCAGUCCUUUCUCCGUGGUGCCGGCCACAGGAACUCUGGCCGCUGGUGACACCGUGCAGGUGACAGUGGCACUGCACCCGCUGGCGGCCGGGGACCAUUGCGGCUCCCUGGCAGUGUGCUGCAGCCCAGGCGGAGAAAGAAUCCACACAAAGCUGCACGGAGAAGCUGUCGAUGUAAACGUUGGGUUGAGCACCAGUUCUGUGGAGCUUGACAAGACUUUCAUCAGCAUGUCAAGCCACAGAACUGUGUUCAUUGAGAACAGAAGUAACAUCAGAGCCCACUUCCAGUGGAAGGCUUUUCCCACUGAGGAAGAAGAGAAUGAAGAGAAGAGGAGGCAGUGUUUGCUGCGGCCGCCGAAAGAGGUGUCCCAGGAGAACUUCCCAGAGGAGACCAAAGCAGAGAAGGUGAAGGGCUUUUGUGGAGAUGCCCCUGCCCUCCUGAGCAGCAUGGGCCAGGAGAAGAUGGCAAAGGUGCCAGAAGAGCCCAUGCUGUUCUGCGAUGACAUUUUCUCCAUCGAGCCAAUGGAGGGAGAAAUCGGGCCGAAUUGUUCGGCCAAAGUCCAGGUGACCUUCAAACCCCUGGAAGCCCUGGAGUAUGGACGUGUGGCUUACUGCAGCAUCUCAGGCCGUGAGAGCAGGCUGCCCCUGCACCUCCGAGGGGAAGGCCAAGGACCCUUGGUUGAACUCAGCUCGCACACUCUGAACCUUGGGAACAUUCUUGUCAACACCCCCCAGGUCUAUGAGGUGAAACUGAUCAACCAAGGAGCUCUUGAUGCUCCCUUCACCCGUAUCCCUUCAGCCACAAACGGGGGCUUCUGCUUCAAGUUUGCACCCGAGGAGGGCAUCAUUGCAGCAGGUGGGAGCCAGACUCUCCAGAUCUCCUUCAGAGCCACCGUGCUGGGGUCCUUUGAGGAAGAAUUCCAGUUCAGAGUGGCUGGAUCUCCUAGGCCUGCCAUCCUGACCAUCAAGGGCAGCGUCACUGGGCCGAGUUUACGCUUCGACCUCCCUGAGCUCGACUUCGGCGACAUCUCCUUUGGCUUUCCCUACACGCAGAGCUGUCGCCUCACCAACACCUCGGCGGUGCCCCUGACGUUCAAGCUCCGCAUGUCGGACGAUGGCACGCAGCCGGCUGUUGACAGCGUGGAUCAGAUCCGCAGGCACAGUGACCCAGCCUGGAGGAAGGGAAUUCAUUUCUAUGUGGAGCCCAGGGAGUUUACAAUGAAUCCCAGCCACGGGACCAUCCUCCCCCAGGGACACCAGGAUAUCCAGGUGACCCUGUGUUCCAACACGGUGAUGGAGUUCUACAGGAGGCUGCUGGUGGACGUGGAGGGUAUUGGCAAGGGAGUGGCAUCACUGCCCAUCACAGCCAGUAGCUCUGAUUGCCCUGGGGUCAUCUCUUUGCCCAGAUGUCUCGUUCCUAAGCUGCAAGUGUACCCCCAAGUCCUGCUCUACGAGGAGUGCCAGCUGAAGGUGCCCUACGAGAGGAAGCUCUUCAUUAGCAAUCCCAGCCACCUGCCUGGCUGCUACGGGCUCAUUCCCCAGAAACGCAAGGAGGACUCUCCCGUGUUGUACUCCAGCCCCAGACCCUGUGGGAUUGUCCAGCCUCACAGCAUAGCAGAGAUCCCAGUGCUGGUGGAAGUGCAGGCGUUGGGCACGCAUCGCACCAAUGUUCUCAUCGGCGUCUUCGGGGAUGAGAGAAACCCCCUGAGACCAGAAUUACGGAGCUCUGGAUGGCUGGCAGAAAUCUCCCCAAGCCCGAGGCUGGCAGAGUUUGGCAGGACCCCAGCACUACAGCCUAUAGAUGAGCUUCCCCCACCUAAAUUCCAACCCCGGCCACCGAAGGAGAAGAGAGCCUGUUUGGAUUGCCCGGCAUCUCGCUGGAGGCACUUCAGGAUGAGAAAGGAGGAGGCAGGCAGAGGCCUGAAAGAAGUGCAGGGUUUGACCCAAUCUUCAGGAGUGGAGGCUUUCAGUGUCCUGCCACUGUCAGCUGUGCUGCAGCCAGGAGAGAGCCAGCAGGUCUCCUCCACCGUCUCUGGCCACCUCAACACCAUCUCCAGUGUCCCGGCGCUGUGCCACGUGGAGGGAGGCCCCACCUGCGAGGUGGGGGUGACCGGGGGGGCCUCACGUGUCAGCUCCUCCCUGAGCCCCCGGGGGAUCAACUGUGGCUCUCGGGCACCUCUCAGGGAGAGAAGGGAGCUGAAGCGGCUGGCUCCAAAGCUUGGGGAGGAGGCAAAAGCCUUAGAGGAGGAAGAGAGGCGGAAGAAGGAAAAGAAGGGUGUCCCUGUGGGGAAGCAACCUCCAAAACCAGAGAAGGGGAAAACCAAACCCCCAGGAAAGAAGGAAACCAAGGCCUCAGAGAAGAAGGAAACCAACAUCCCUAAAAAGGAAACCAAACCCGCAGAGAAGAAGGAAACCAAGGCCCCAGGGAAGAAGGAAACCAAGGCCCCAGAGAAGGACACCAAACCCCCAGAGAAGAAGGAAAGCAAGGUCCUAAAGAACAAAACCAAAUUCCCAGAGAAUAAAAACAAACCUCCAGAAAAGAAGGAAAGCAAAAUCCCGGAGAGGAAGGCAGCCAAAAUCCAAGAGAAGGAAACCAAAGCGCCAGAAAAGAAGGAAGCCAAAGCCCCAAAGAAGGGGGAACCCAAAGCCCCAAAGAAGGGGGAACCCAAAGCCUAUUAUUCUGUUCGUUAUUAAAAUAUAUUUUACUUGUGCAUCAAAUCUCUCUAUGGGAUUGUUUACCUGUUCUCUUCCCUGGUUCUCAUGGGACAAACCCCUUGUUGCUGCAGGUGCAUUUGUUGUUCACCCUCAGAAGAGAUUGUUCACAAAGUCUCAUUCUCAAAAUAGCUUCACAUGGGAACUUGUAGCUGCUCAGCUGCACUCAGAAGAGAUGACAGGCCAGCAUUGAUAUAGCAGAACAAGGCCUGAUUUCAUAAGGCCUUUCUUUGAUCAUUCUUCUACCUGUCUAGGACAUCUCCCCCUUUUUGUUAAUUUCAAAAAGGCUCAUCUGUUCUGAUGUUGGCACAGCUCACUCUUGUGAGGGUAUUAUCUCAUGAAGGUUAUUGCUGGUUAUCUGUUAGAUCUGGGAUAAGAUCCAGAAAAGACCAAUUACAAUCAACAAACCUUAACCAAAUUCUGUCAAGUCAUUGACACUGGGUUUUGCAGCAUGAGAAAACAAAAGAAUAAUGUCCAAUGUCUCUUAGGGAAAUGGAAAGAAAUGACCAUUGUUUCCAAUCAGUUCAGAAGUAGGAGGAAGUGCAUUAGCUGGAAAUGUUGAUCUUGGCCAUCACUGAAUGUCCUCCUGGGAGCUGGAACAGGGAAGAACUGCAGAAGGUCAGUAGGAACUCUGUACCAUGAUGCUGCCAUGAGGCUCUUGCUGGCAAAUUGCCUCUGUAAGUUUGCAGACACAGCUGUGUCUUGGCAGUGCUCCUUCUGUUCCUGCUCUGGCCACAAAGGCUGCACGGUGAUGAGGUUAUUUCUCUUCUCACUGGGCCUCCUUUUUUCAGAGCUGAUCAGUGUCUGAUGGAAUGAACAGGUGACUGCUUGGAGCUGUUGCUGAUAAAACACAGGCAUAUCUUCUCCUGGAGUUAAGGAAUCAAUGAGGCUUCACUGUGGGACACUCAAUUGGGAUUUCGAUGGGAUGAUCUGUUUUCCAAAUUUCUAAUGAAAAUACUGCAUUAUUCAAAAUGAUUCGUCCUCCCAAUUUCUCAUGUACAUAUUGCAUUCUUUGAAUGUUCUUAAGGCAUUCAUUCCUCCUCUUUUUUGUUUUUUCCGAAUGAGAUGCAUGUCUUUUGUUAUGAGAAUGAAGAAACAUCAUAGUCAAAUAAUACAUGUAGUGGACACGAAACUUCCAGCAAUUGGGAAUAAUUUGGAUACAACUCUCAGGGAUAUUUCAAAUAGCAGACAAAACUAACAGCAUAGGUGGGAUUAGGUAAAUAGCAAUCUCUGAAAUAAUGUACCAUCAUGGCAGAGUCUGCAAACAGCUGACAAACCUCGAUUCACUGGGGACUUGGAGAAUUCUUGCCAGAUAAUAAUUCCCAAGCUCCCUUUACAAAUAGUUCAACUGUCAUGGAUAGAGGGACAAAUUGCAAAGUCAAAGCAACUCCAAUCUAGUUUUGAUGCAGAAAACAUCUGGGUCUGUUGGCAAAUUCCCGUCCAGGUAGAGCCAAGGCCUGGCCACUACCCAAGCUCUGAGUGGGAGAGAAUUCCCUAAACGUGAUUUAAAACAAGGCUCUUAAGAAUAGCACUUACGAGUAAAGGUCUAGGGCUGAAAGACCAAUGAACCCUCCAAGAGCUGGUCUCCUCCACAACUUCCUCAGCACAGAGAUGCUUUCAACACAGCAAACUGUGGGAGUGGCUUUGUAAUAAUAAUUGGGACGGCAUCUGAUGGCUUAGAGUAGAUGUGACAAUAGCAUCAGUUCAGAGGAGGCUCCUGACAAAGCUGAGAUAUCGUUUCUUGGAGCUCUGACAAAUACCU